AAGAUUAGCUAACGGGCAUUGUUGCUUUUCAGCCAAAUCGUACUUUAAGUCUGAUUGAAUAAAUCAGAGUUUAGACUACGAAUUGCUCAUAAUUUUUCUGUAGUGAUAAAUAUAAAACAAGCCUGACAACCUACGAAUUAGAUGAGUCUCAGCGGUGACAUGAAUUUGAAGGUAAUGACCAGCCCUGAAGAGAUCGCUGAGCUCUACCGGGAGCAGAGUCACUUCCCAUCCCUGAGCCGUGCCGACGUGGGGCCAGUAAUUACCUCUCAGUAUGGGGGAAAGUACAGCAACAUAUCCACAGAGUGGACUCAGCGGGAUCUGGAAAGGAAUGAGAUUGUUAAAUUUUGCCGGCAGUACGUUGUGUUUCAUGAUGACAUAUUGAUAGUCUACUCUGGACCCUCUGGUAACUGCACAGAGAUCACAGGAGAGCUACUGAGCCAGGACUCUCCUUCUGGAGAGAUGAAGGCUGUAGUGAGGCAGUGUUCCAUUAAAGGAGAGGAAAAACAGUUUAUUGAGAUCUGGCAUAAGAACAGUAAGAUCAAAAGUCUCAACCUGACUGCACUGAAAAAGCAUGGAAAGGUGUAUGAAGAUGAACAGUUUGGCUGCUUGGUCUGGUCUCACUCUGAGACUCAUCUCCUAUAUGUGGCUGAAAAAAAACGUCCCAAGACAGAAUCUUACUUCCAGUCUGAAUCCAGUUUGCUAGGUGAUGAUGAGGCUGACAAGAAGGAAGAUACUGUCAAGGGUAACCAGUUUGUUUAUUAUGAGGACUGGGGUGAGACUUUGGUCAGUAAGAGCACGCCUGUACUUUGCAUUUUGGAUAUUGAGGGCAACAACGUUUCUGUCUUAGAGGGAGUACCAGAUGAUAUUUCUCCUGGACAGGCAUUCUGGGCCCCAAAUGACACAGGUGUGGUGUUUUUGGGAUGGUGGCAUGAGCCAUUCAGAUUGGGCCUGAAAUACUGCCCCAAUAGACGGUCUUCUCUCUUUUACGUGGAUCUUACUGGUGGAAAAUGUGAACAGUUGUCUGACUCUGCUGCAGUCUGUUCUCCUCGUCUGAGUCCAGAUCACUGCCGCAUUGUCUAUUUUCAGUGUGAUGUUUAUGGCCCACAUCAGCAAUGCAACAAGCUUUGCAUGUAUGACUGGUAUACAAAGAAGACAUCAGUUGUAGUUGAUGUUGUCAAGAGAAGCAGAGAAGGUGGCUUUACUGGUAUCUACAGCUCCAUGCUGUCUCCUCAGUGUUGGUCAGCUGACAGCCAGAGAGUUCUUAUAUCAUCUGCACAGAGAAGCCGCAAGGACCUACUAGUGGUUGAUACUUCCACAGGCCAUGUAACAUCUCUCACCUCUAAGUUAGACAUGGGAAGUUGGUGCUUGCUGACUAUCCACAGGGAUUUGAUGGUGGUCAGCUGCUCAUCUCCAAACUGUCCUCCAAGUCUGAGGGUGGGCUUUCUACCAGCAAGUGGCUCAGAAGAAGAGGUGUCAUGGGUGACACUAGAGGAUGCUGUAAUGCAGCCUGAAAUUGACUGGCAGGUUCUUAGUUUCACCCCACCUCCAGAGGAGGACAACAAACAAUACCCUGGUCUGGACUUUGAUGCCAUUCUACUGAAACCAAAGGAUGUGAAAGAGGGAACAAAACUACCACUUGUUGUCAAGCCACAUGGUGGACCUCACGCAGUAAUCGUGACAGAGUGGCUCUUAGGCUCAGCAGUUCUCUGCAGGAUGGGUUUUGGUGUCUUACAUGUUAAUUACAGAGGCUCUAUUGGCUAUGGUCAGGACAGUGUCUACUCUCUGCCUGGAAAUGUUGGCACCCAAGAUGUCAAAGAUGUACAGUUUGCUGUUGAAAGCAUUUUAAAGCGAAGCGACUUCGACAGAGAGAAGGUUGUUGUUAUAGGGGGCUCCCAUGGAGGAUUCUUGGCUUGUCACCUAAUUGGUCAAUACCCAGAAUUUUACAAAGCAUGUGUUGCUCUGAAUCCAGUCACCAACCUGGCAUCCAUGAUUGGCAGUACUGACAUUCCUGACUGGUGUAUGGUGGAAGCUGGAUUUGAUUAUAACACGAACACCAUGCUGAGCUCUACUAUGCUGGAGCAAAUGUUAAACAAGUCACCCAUCAAACAUGUCACACAGGUUAAGACUCCUGUGCUGCUUACCUUGGGAGCAGAGGAUAAGCGUGUGCCUAAUAAGCAGGGCAUAGAGUACUACAAAGCUCUGAAGGCUUUGCAAGUACCUGUCAGGUUGUUGUGGUAUCCAGAUAACAACCACUCUUUGUCCAAAGUUGAUGCUGAAUCGGAUGGAUUUAUAAACAUUGCACUGUGGAUCAUCCAGCAUCUCAAUCUAUAAUCACCAGAGACACCAGAUAUAAGAUAAUAAUUACAACAAUAACAAACUGUUGUCAGGUUUAUUAAGGUUGUGAAGAUGAUAAUUAAGAGUGUCUUAUCCAGUUUGUUAGUAUGCAAGUCGUUACAAAUAUUGUACAGCUACACUAAUGUUUUACAUCAACUUUAAAAGAGACCUUUAAACAGUACUAGUACUACACAGCAGCUUGUUACAGCCAUUGUUUUAAAGCUCUUCAAGCUCUCUCUCUCUUUCUCUCUCUCUUGCUCUUUUUCUCUCUUUUGUUCAAAAGGCAAAUUACCACAUCCUUAAUGGUUCUUUCUUUUGCCCAAGUUUGAUGCACUCUGGAUAAUCCAUGUUCCUUUUAAAAAUAAACAUGUUUAAAAUGUG